AUGGGUACUAAGUUUGAAGUUCUGCCGAACAAAUCGGUUACACCGAAUAAACCGAUUGCACCGCAAAAACAAGUGCGUAAUUCGGCUAAGGAACUGCAGCGUCCCGCUACUGGAAAUAUGCAGUAUGCUUACGAGGAGCUGCCAUUGGGUAAUCGAGCUUUUGCAUUGCGCAUGCGAUGCUUGGAGGAGAAGAAGCAGAUGGAAAAGGCGAAGAGAGAGCAGCUUAAUAAGAAAUUUAAGCAGAAACGAAACAAACCCUCGACCCGCAAAUGA